AUGAUAAAUAGUAGUAUACCAAUUAUAGAUUUUAAAAAUAUCAGUGACACAGAAGGAAAAAAACAAAUAGUUAAAGAAAUUCAUGAUGCUUGUAAAAACUAUGGAUUUUUUUAUAUUAUUAAUCAUUGUGUGGAAGAAUCAUUAAUGGAAGAUUUACAGAGAAUUUCAAAAAAAUUCUUUUUAUUACCCAAGGAUGUCAAAAUGAAAUGGAAAUUGGGACUAGUUGAUAAAGUUCAAUGUGGUUAUUAUGAAGUUGGAAGCUCUCAAACGUAUGGUAUAGAUUAUAAAGAAGGUGUUUACAUUGAUUUAGAAAGAGAAUGGCAUUAUAAAAGUCCUAACUAUAAUGGUAAAAAGAUAUAUCCAACUCAAGAAGAAGAGAUCGAAUACGAUAUUGUUGGUUAUAGGAAUAUCAUUGAAACCUAUAUUAAAAGAGUUUCAGAUUUAAGUGAUAUUGUUUUACAAUUAAUAUCUCAAUCGUUAAACUUACCAUUAGAAUAUUUCAACACCAAAAAAACAGUUGAUUUAACAGUUGUGUUAAGUAUGCUAAAGUAUCCAUCCUUUGCUAAACUGGAAUAUGAAGAUGAAAAUACAAAAAAAGAAGAUGGUAAUGAAAAAUUAGGUAUGGGCUUACACACUGAUUGGGGUUUAAUAACUUUACUAUACCAAGAUGAAAUCGGUGGUUUACAAGUCAAAGCUAAAGAUCAAUUUAUUGAUGCUACCCCAAUCAAAGGUUCAUUCAUUUGUAAUCUUGGUGACUUUAUUGAAAUAGCAACCCAAGGUUAUUAUAUUUCAAACUAUCAUAGAGUCUUGUAUAAUACUACACCCCACGAUCGUUAUUCUUAUCCAUUUUUUGUAUCUCCAGAACAAGACACCCCAAUGGAGAUCAUUAAAGGUUACGAAACAAUAACAGAAAAUGAAAAUAAAAUACAAGAUAAAGAAUUUUAUGAUUUUAGAGGAACUUAUAAAGAGUAUUUUGAAAAUCAAAUGAAUAACACUUUCAAAAAAUAUCACAAAUAA